AUGUCGAAGGGCCUGGAGAGACCCUCGCACGAUGCACCUGCUGCAAAACCCUCCUGCCAAAUGACGCUUCAGCAGAAGCAAAAGGUGCUGAGUGAGUGGUCGGCCGGAUGGACUGGACAAGGCCGUAGACAAAGCCGCCACAUGUCUCCGAAGGGUACUAUGGGCCAGACCACGGUCAAACCCAUCUCUGAGGAACUCCAAGAUCUGGGCAGGCUUGAACAAUGUGAAUCACCCUAUCUGAAUAAUUGUCCUGCCUUAGACGGGCCCCUUCAAGCGCCAUGCAGUCAGUUGGAGCCACUGAGGGUCCGGAUGAAGAAGGUUCCCCUGACGCAGUACAAUCUCGUCUGGUGGAAUCCUCCAAGGGUGAAAUGUGGAGAGACUGACCAGGUCUGCAAACCACGGACGGCGUGGCCAGUGGGGAGCCACGAGGAUAAUUUCUGCUCUGUCGGCGAUGACCUUCCGAAUCAGGGCCGGAAUCAGAGGCAGCGGCGGAAAAGCGUAGUGAAGACCUGGCGGCCAGGUGAGACGGAGAGCGUUGACCCCUUCCGCCCCUGGCGUCGGGAACCUCGAGAAGAAGCGAGGAAGCUGAUUGUUCAGGUGUGUGGCGAAGAGAUCUAUGGCUGGGAUGCCGAACCUGUUGCAAAUCUGAUGAAAUAUGUCGGGAUGAAUCUGCCACUCGCUGUUGUCCACCUCUGUCCUGCUCAGGAAAUCCGCCUGUGUGUUUUCCGACCCCGCAAUGUGGUCCGCUCUGAUGGAGAGGAGGUGUUGUUCUGCCCACUUGCCCAGGCGAAAUGA